CGGACCCCGCAGACUCUCCCGAGCUGCGCAGAUUCGGGGUCGCUUUUUCUCGGCAGUCUCAGAGCGUUACUGCUGCGGGGAGUUACCGACAGUCUGAAAUUGCAGUUUGAUCCCCUGCGAGCACCCGACGAGCUGGUAAGAGCUGCACGGGCCUCAUCCAUCCGGAGAUCUGAGAAAGCAGAGCUGUUGCUUCUCUAGAGGUUUUUUUUUCCUUGCUGGUCUCUUGUGCCUACUUACGAGAUUUCUCCAUGCCCAAAGUAUUUAAACCCUCCUGACACUUGCAUGACAGCUAACAGUCACUCCCUAGGUUUUGACCCGACUUUGUGAUAAGCCUGUGUUCUUCACAUACUGUUUCUUCACAGUAGACAGAACAGGAUCAGAUUAGAGGUUUUUUUAAGUAACCUGAUAGCUCUCUGGAAAGAGUAAUCAAACUCUAGAUAAUGGAAACUUAAGCAAAGCUUACAUGGUUUACCAGAAUUAUUUGACAACUGUUUCUAUAUUAUGAAGUCAAGAGUUUUAAUUAUUAAAAAUAACUCAAAUAUUUCCAUACGCUUAUAAAAAUUUUCCACAUGCUUAUUAUGCCUGUGCCGAUGCUGUACGCUAAAAUUGAUGGAUACUUAGAGUGUUUACCUUCUUCCUCUUCCCAGAUUUGCUCUUGAGGAUACUGAGAAGAAAUUUACGAAGGGUUAAAAUAAACUUUUCUUCUUUUCUGCUCUGUAGUAAACUAUUUAUGUUUAGUCACUUUGGAAACAGUAUUACCUGUUCCAUAUUUGUGUCAGUGAAUAUUUUUCUUGUGUAAACUGCUUUGCUGGUUUAUUUUUUUGCUGUAUUUCCUUGCUCUUCUAAGCUACUGUUUUGUCACGAUUGUCAUAAAAAUUGUGUUCAAUAGCAAAGUAAGCAUCUUUCAGGCUUAUCUUCUGUAAUUGUUCAGCUGAUCUUAGCAUGUUGUGUUACUAGGAAUACAAAAACAAUGGUAUUUUUAUGGUUUUCUGCAGCAUCUGGGGAAGAAAACAUCUGAGAGUCACUGUGCGUGAUACUCUUAAAAGUCAGUUCAAGAUGUAGUGAAAAAAAAAGUAAAUAGAGUGGUAGAAGUUAUCACUUAAGGAAUGAAAUGCAGAAUAAAAGACCAUAUUAUGCCAGUAUAUUAAUCCUUUCUUCGUCCAAAUUUGAGUACUCUGUUCUCUGCUGCCGUUCCGGGCUCUCCCUUGGCUAGCAGGAGGCACUGUGUUUGGGCUAAUCAAGGAGGUGAAGGAAGAGCAGUGGAGAUCGUUACACGUAAAUGAAAUAGCCUUGAUAUAAGGAAAGAAAGAGCAUCCUGUGCUGAUGUCUUGAGGCAGUGUAGUGUAAGGAAUCGCUGUGCUUCUCUUUUUCUGGUGCUAAUAUUCACUUGUAUAGAUGCGUGGGUCAGUUAGUCUCUGACCAUAAUAUUACCAUCAUCAAGCUGUCUUGCCUGGGGACAGGAAUUACGGCUUUGACCAGAAGGGAUGGCAAAACUGGUGCACCUCUGGUGCUAGAAUUGUUCAGGGACAACUCGAGCAUGACAGCAGAUGGAGGAAUGAGGAGGUAGUUAACACUGCAAGUCUGUAAAAUCAUCAGUGGUAUGAAGAUGAAUAACCCCAGCCUCCACAAAGCUGGAAACUAGGAGAGUAUUAUACUAGUUUUGAUUGCUUUCUUGUCUUACCCAUGUACUUUAUCUGGUCAUCUGAUAGACUGCUGUUCUACCUAUGAGUUUUACUUUAUUUGUUUACCUAUGUGAUGUCUGUGAAUUCUACAGCCUCCAUUUGAUGGAUUGUAGGGGAACUGGAACAGAAUGGGAUGCUAGUUGUGUCAUCUUUAUCUUAACAGCUGGUGCAACCUGAUGUUUUGCUGCUCAGUGCGCAAAACUGGUGGUAGGAGAAAGUAGCAAGAUUUGAUUGAGGCAAGAGUAAAGAGAUGUUAGGAAAAAGGAAAUGCUUGAAAGAUGCUAAUUAAUUCUAUCUUGAGGUUUAUUAGUAGUUUAAUCAUGCUUGAUUAAAUUAACCCGUCCUUGUGUUCCUCACUUAGAAAGUUUGAUUAAAGCAGAUACUCUGUGUCUUUUUUUUCCUCUUUUUUUGUCUUUUUAAUUAGCUGGGGAAUACAGUAUUUGCACAGAGAUGUACUUGCGUUCCUUGCAAUUAUGUCUGGGAUGCAGGUAGGUGGACUGAAGCAUGUGUGCCUAUGCAUAUGGUUAUUACCAUUAGGAUAGUUCCAUGCUUUUUCUUCAACAUGGAGCUCUUUUUAGGAUUACUGAAGGUUCACUACCUUUAACUGUCUGAAAUUGCAGUUUUACAUUGAUCACUUCUUAGUAUGCUUGCGAAGUACACUAAGGUAAGUAACUUCUUGCCAAAUAGGAAAUCGAGGAUUCCCUGCCACUAACAAGGGUCCUUCCAUAAAAAGUACUGGUUUCAUGUGGCAAAUGAAAGUACUGAUUUAUUUUGUAUGCACUUUCUCUUACCAAUUUGAUACCUAUUCGAGUAUCUGAAAAAGAAAACCACCUCCUCAGUAUCUGCAAUGGUUAUGGGGAACCUGUUGUUUUUUUAUUUGGAAGCACAUUUUAGAGAAGUUGCACGUGCUAAAAAUUGGCCAGGUGAGCUUAAAAUGAGAGCAUUCCCAUUUCUUGUUAGCUUUUUGAAAUGAAUCACAAAAUCACAGAAUAUUCUGUGUUGGAAGGGACCUACAAGGAUCAGCCAAGUCUACCUCCUGAAAGGCUUGACUUAAUAUUAAAAAAAAAUAUAAGUCAACUGUUGUGAUAUAUCUUUAGUUACCGUUCUGAUUUUUUUGUGAGUGAUCAACACUCUGGUAUUGUCAUUCAUUUUUGGUGUUGUCACUCUGCAAUUGCUAAUAAUUGGAGUGGGGAGGAGGAGAGAGCAGGGCUUACAUGCAUUAUAAUGGUUAAACCAAAUUCCACUUCUGGCAAAUUAAAGUUUUCCAAAUAGUCUUCUAACAAAGACCUUAUGAUGACCUUAUUUUUGGGGUAAGGUUUUUUUGUUUGUUUGGGGUUUUUGGGGGAGAAGGAUGGGGAGGAUCUUGUGGUUUUUGGUAUUUUUUCUUCUUUUUAGCAGGAGCUGGGGGAGUUGUUUAAUUUCCUUUGUUCGGAGAGAGUGAUAUGUUAAUGUCAGAUAAUUGUGAGUUGGAUUUUCUGUUAAUUCUUGAGACACUGAAGUUUUUCCAAAUGUCUUGAACUCCACUUUACACCACUUGAAUAUUCUAUAUUCUUUGUGAAGUUUUCUCCAUGAUUUUGAGACCUUCAUUUAAGAUUAUUUCCUGAUCCCAGAAGGUGAUGUUUACAAUUUAAGAAAACAAAACAAAACUAAAAAAUAAACAGCCCCCCAAACAAAUAAACAAAAAUAGCCUACAGAACAACUGCCUUGCAACAAUAUGGGAAUUGAUACUCUUGGAAUUUGUUUGAAUUCUAAUAGGAAUACAAUAGUGGUAAUAUAACAUAGGUGAAGAGGUAACAGUAUAACUAGUGUCUGAGUUAAACUGUGGGACUGCUGUGGAUUUGGUGGUGUCUUUGAAGAUGAAAAGCUGUAGAUUUGUGCUUUCUACCAAUUGCAGUGAUGAGUGCUUGAAGAUUACACUGAGUUGGGCAGGAGUGUUUAUCUGCAGUUGUGCAGGAAGGCUCUCCAGAAGGAUCUGGACAGGCUGGAUUGAUGGGCUAAGACCAGUGGUAUGAGGGUCAACAAGGUGAAGUGCUGGUCCUGCCCAUGGGUGACAACAGCCCCAUGGAGUGCUCCAGGCUGGGGGAAGAAUGACAGGAAAGGGAGGGUGUGCUGGUCCACUGGCUGAAUAUGAGCCCACAUGAUGAAGAACACCAGGGGCAUCUGGCUUGUAUCAGCCAUGGUGUGGCCACAUGCCCAGGGUAGUGACCAUUGCCCUUCACUGGCCCUGGUGAGACCUGCAGCUUUAAUCCUGAAGUCAGUUUUGGGGCUCUUCACUGUAAGAAGGACAGUGGGACUAGAGUGUGUCCAGAGAAGGGAAUGGAGCUAGGGAACGGUGUGGAGCACAAGUCUCAUGAGGAGCAGCUGGGGUAGCUGAGGCGGUUCAGCCUGAAGAAAAGGAGGCUCAGGGGGAAACUUUGCUCUGUACUAUCCUCCCUUACAGGAGGAUGCAGCCGGGUGGGAGUCUGGCUCUGUUCCCCAGGAACCAGUGACAAGAUGAGAGGAAAUGGCCUCAAGAAGUGCCAAGGGAGGUUUAGGUUGGAUAUUAGGAAAAACGUCUUCACAGAAGGGGUGGUCAGGCACUGGCACCCUUUCACUGCUCACAGCAGUGGUAGAGUCACCAUCCCUGGAGGGAUCUAAAGCACCCAGCAGUGCCCAUGGUAGCUGACAGUGCUUUUCCUAGCUGUGUAGAUGACACUUAGGGUUGGAUUAGGUCCACCACCGUUGCAGAUUGGCUGCAUCCAAGGCCACUGCAGGCAGGGAUUGGUGGACUUGAUGGCAUUAGGCUUGUGGUUGGACUCGAUGAUCUUAAAGAUGUUUUCCAAAUUCCUAAAAGUGUGCAGAUCACACCUACUGUGUGCACUUCUGGCGCCAUAACAUAAGGAAGAUACAGAGCUAUUGUAGAGCAUCCAAAAGAGGGCUGCAAAGAUGGUGACAGGUUUCCAGGCCAAAGUCAUACGUGGAGCUGUAUAGGGCACUUGGCUUGUUUGGUCUGGAGGAGUCUGAGGGGAGACGUCAUCACCCUCUGCAGCUUUCUCUCAAGGGCCAGCGGAGGGACAAGACAAUGACCUCCUCUCUCUGUGACCAGUCACAGGACCUGAGGAACUGCUGGAGCUGUGUCAAGGGACGUUUAGGCUGGACAUCAGGAAAAGGUUCAUCCCCUAGAGGUUGGUAAGGCCCUGGUCAUGGGCCCAAGGCUGACAGAGUUCAAGAAGCAUUUGGACAACUCUCAGGCAUGUGGUGUGAUGGUUGGGGCUGUCCUAUGCAGGGCCAGGAGCUGGACUUGAUGAUCCCUGUGGGUCCUUCAGUGCUCAGAAUAUUUUGUGGUUUUAAAUUACCCCAGUUCCCUUAAUUUAGAAGUGACUUCAAAUGGGAUGUGGGAGGUAAGUGGAGAGCAAAACCAGCACUCUUGCACUUGUGAAGAGGUUUGGGCUGCAGUGGAGAAAAGAAAGGAUGUAAACGGCUAAGGAGCUAAAGCCAAUCUGAGAUUGGCUGCAGAUCCCUUUUAUCUGCUGUGCACCAGACUGCAAACAUGUGAGAGCGAGGAGACUCUAGGUUAAGGCAGGCCGCUGUGGGAGAUGGCUCAGCAGUUUGUGCUUUGGGUAGGGCUGUCUGAACUAGUCUGAGGCUAGACUAAACAGUUGUUAAUGCUGUAACUUAGAGAGGCCAGGAUUUUGUGCUGCAACGUGGACUGGAAUUACAUCAUCUCCCGCUAGCGCGGGCGGGGACGGCGAGCGGCGGUCGGUCACGUGACGCGGCUGCUGCCGCCGCGGCCGCGGAUUGGCUGCGGCCGAGGCCGCUCCGGGCGGGGAUUGGCUGCGGCGGGGCCGCGGCGGCGGGAGCGCGCCCGUGCGUGGCCGGGGUCCGUGCGCGUGCUGCUCCGCGGGCUGCGAAAGCGCCGGGGGAGCCGCGCGGAGGCCGCUGAGGGCCGGCGCCGCCGCCCGCGCUGCUGCUGCACAGCCCCUCCUGAGCCGCAGAACUCGUCUGUGGGCUGGAUCUGGCAGAAUGGACUAACACCAGGCUCCUGCAGGUCCUGCCCUGUGAGGCGCUCGGAAGGGUUCCGAGGCCACGACAAGCUGCUGCUCUUUCGCGCCGGGCAGUGCUGCCGUGACCGCGCUGUGCUGCUGCGAUAUCCUUGAUUUGCAGAAGGCAUCUCACAAUGUUGUGUCGAGCUGCUCUGAGCCCUCUUGUCCGUUCCCCUGGAUGGUGCUUUGUCUCACCGCCACAUGUCAUCGCAGCCAUUUCCCGUUUAUAUCUCCCUUGCCAAAGAUUAAGGAAUGAAUCCAUCCGUUGUUGGAGCAACAUUCCAUUUAUCACCAUGCCACUCAGCCGUGCACAUGGAAAAUCAUUUGCACACCGCAGUGAGCUGAAGCAUGCAAAACGGAUUGUAGUAAAGCUGGGUAGUGCUGUUGUUACUCGAGGGGAUGAGUGUGGCUUGGCCCUUGGGAGGCUGGCUUCUAUUGUAGAGCAGGUCUCAAUGCUGCAAAAUCAGGGCCGAGAGAUGAUGAUUGUCACCAGUGGGGCUGUAGCUUUUGGAAAGCAGCGGUUGCGUCAUGAGAUCUUGCUUUCUCAGAGUGUGAGACAAGCACUUCAUUCAGGCCAGAGUCAGCUAAAAGAUAUGGCUAUUCCGGUCUUGGAGGCCCGAGCCUGUGCAGCAGCUGGACAGAGUGGACUGAUGGCUCUGUAUGAAGCCAUGUUUACACAGUACAGCAUCUGUGCAGCUCAAAUUUUAGUCACCAAUCUGGAUUUCCACGAUGAGCAGAAGCGUCGCAACUUAAAUGGAACAUUACAUGAACUUUUAAGGAUGAAUAUUGUCCCUAUAAUUAACACUAACGAUGCAGUUGUUCCACCUCCAGAGCCAAACAGUGAUCUGCAGGGGGUAAAUGUAAUUAGUGUGAAGGAUAAUGACAGUCUGGCAGCACGACUAGCUGUGGAAAUGAAAACUGAUCUCCUGAUUGUUCUUUCAGAUGUGGAAGGACUCUUUGACAGCCCUCCAGGGUCUGAUGAUGCAAAGCUUAUUGACAUAUUCUACCCAGGAGACCAGCAGUCUGUAACAUUUGGAACCAAAUCCCGAGUGGGAAUGGGUGGCAUGGAAGCCAAGGUGAAAGCAGCUCUGUGGGCCCUGCAAGGAGGCACUUCAGUAGUGAUUGCAAAUGGAACCCACCCAAAGAUCUCAGGUCAUGUCAUCACAGAUAUUGUAGAAGGGAAAAAAGUUGGAACUUUUUUUUCAGAGGUAAAACCUGCAGGCCCUACUGUAGAACAGCAGGCUGAAAUGGCUCGAGCUGGUGGCAGGACUUUGGCGGCUCUACAGCCUGAGCAGAGAGCAGAGAUUAUUUAUCGUCUUGCUGACUUACUAACGGACCAGAGGGAAGAAAUUCUCUUGGCAAACAAGAAGGAUUUAGAGGAGGCUGAAAAUAAAGGGAGAUUAGCACUCCCUUUGUUGAAACGCCUAAGUCUGUCUACUUCAAAGCUAAACAGCUUGGCUAUUGGUCUGCGUCAGAUUGCAGCAUCUUCGCAGGACAGCGUCGGCCGUGUAAUUCGACGAACUCGAAUAGCAAAAGACCUGGAUUUGGAGCAGGUUACAGUGCCAAUCGGUGUCCUUCUUGUGAUCUUUGAAUCUCGUCCUGACUGUCUUCCACAGGUCUCUGCUUUGGCCAUAGCCAGUGGAAAUGGCUUACUACUUAAAGGAGGGAAAGAGGCAGCACAUAGCAAUCAAAUCCUUCAUCAUCUGACACAAGAAGCACUCUCUAUUCAUGGAGUCAGAGAUGCAGUGCAACUGGUGAACACAAGAGAGGAAGUAGAAGAUCUCUGCCGUUUGGAUAAGCUGAUAGAUCUCAUCAUUCCACGUGGUUCAUCACAGCUAGUCAGGAAUAUCCAGAAGGCUGCUAAGGGAAUCCCAGUGAUGGGCCACAGUGAAGGGAUCUGUCAUGUGUAUGUUGACACGGAUGCCAGUGUUGAGAAGGUCACACGAAUAAUCAGAGACUCAAAGUGUGAAUAUCCUGCUGCCUGUAAUGCUCUGGAAACUCUGUUAAUUCAUCGAGACUUGCUGAGAACCCCGUUGUUUGAUCAGAUCAUAGACAUGUUGAGAGUAGAACAGGUGAAGAUUCAUGCUGGCCCAAAGUUUGCAUCUUACUUGACAUUCAGUCCGUCAGAAGUGAAAUCUCUGCGCACAGAAUAUGGGGACCUGGAGUGCUGUAUUGAGGUGGUGGACAGCGUUCAAGAAGCUGUUGAACAUAUCCACAAGUAUGGAAGUUCCCAUACGGAUGUUAUUAUCACAGAGAAUGAGAAAACAGCAGAGUUCUUCCUCCAGCAUGUGGACAGCGCCUGUGUUUUCUGGAAUGCCAGUACCCGAUUCUCUGAUGGCUAUAGGUUUGGACUUGGUGCUGAAGUGGGAAUUAGUACUUCGCGUAUCCAUGCACGUGGACCAGUGGGAAUUGAAGGACUCUUAACUACGAAGUGGUUGCUGAGGGGGGACAAUCAUGUUGUUUCUGACUUUUCAGAGCAUGGGAGCAUGAAGUAUCUUCAUGAAAGCCUCCCUCUCCCUCAGAGAAAUGCCAACUGAAAACACGGGGGAGAAAACCCAGGCUAUAAUUAUUUCCUGAAGUUGUUGAGGCUUCAGGAUAAUCUCUGGUGAAGAAGUUUGUUUUUCAUCAUCAGAAACAUUGUCCUUGGUCAUUUUGCAGUGCAAUGAAUACAAAAUGUUCCCAUCAACGAGAAUUCUCCCCCUCCUCCCCUUUCAGUUUUCUUAGACAGUAUCUGCAAACUGACUUCACUUCUCCCAAAGACAGACUUUUUCAAAUCAUAUAGGUAACAUAAGGAAGGAUUUAAGUAUUGACUACCUUCCUUUUUUUAUCCAGUGCUCCCUGUAGCAAAUAUGUUUGGUGGUGGAGCUUAAUUUUUUUUUUUUCAUAAGUUUUGUUUUAUUCAAGUAUCUCUUCUGGGCAACAGACUCAGUAGUUUUGGUUUUGAGGGGUUUUUUUUUGCGGUCUUAACGAUCAUGGCAUCUCUUGAGGGCCAGAAAGCUUUAUGCUUAAUUUCUUUGUAUUUGAUCAGUCUUGAGAUAGGGGGACAGAUGUUCCAAAUGUAUAGUAAACUUUUGACCAAGAAACCUUUUAUAUCUAAUUCUUUGUAUUGUUGACUAUUGUACAUAAAAAACAUCGUCUGCUACAUUAA